AUGUCCUUGACGCUGUCUCCGGGUCAGGUCAGCAGUAAUGCGGACUCGGACCUGGGCGUCGAGUUUGGCACCCAGAAGCCCACCGGCCUCGUACGCCAGGCCUUGCCGCUGAAGCGCAGCGAGCAUGAGAAUGGCAUCAACAGCUUCUCGUUUACCCCUCCGCAGGCCUAUCGCCUGGAUGACAAGAGCCCCCUGGCAGUGCCCGGCACAAGUCCAACUCACAGGCACGAAGGCGACGCGGCAGCUGGUCAGCAAGCUUCGGUGACUCAUGCAGCCAUGGUAUCGCAGCUUGCAGACGUCUCUGUUCCGACUUGGGCGCAGGCUGCACAAGCGGCGCCCUCGGCCUCGGCGUCGAGCAGCUCGAUGCCGUCCGGCCGAGCGAACGUACCGGAAGUUCCGCUGUGGUCGGCUGGUGCGCCCAACGGGGCAACGGUGGCUCCCCUGCCGGCGGCGCCGCAAUCCGGCAACGGGAAUCUCAACAAGCGGCGGAUCUUCCUUCGGUAUAUCCAGGGAGACUCGCCACAGAUAGACCUCGCCAACCUGACUGGUGGACAGGGCAACCCCGUGAUCAUCCAGGUGGUGACGCCUGGAGGGCGAGCGGAGCAGAACGGUGUGAAAGCAGGUGCCGUGAUCCGGAGCAUCAAUGCCAGCACCACCUUCAAGGCAUUCCCUGCGUGGCAGGUCCGAGCAAUGCUCCACGCGCCUGUCACGGUGGAGGUGGAGCAGGACAUGGUGCUUUCCCCUGCAUCGCCGAGAUGCAAGGAGAUCCGGCUGACGCGGAAGAGCGAGCUGAAGCUUGGCAUCGCGCCCCGAAAUGGUGCCUGGAGCCACAAGGACAAUGUUCUGCUUGCCGAGGAGGUCGUUUUCAAGCCUCGUACCGCUCCGCUGUGGAUCAGCUCGCACCGCAGGGAUCUUCCCGGCUCCGUUCCGGAAGGGCGGAUCUUGGUCGAUACCAUCGACCUGCCGAGCGGCCCCAGUGCCGGCCCAGGCCCAGUGAUUUACGAGCUGAGGAGGCCGGAAGCGCAUAGACUGGUGGACAAUGCAGUUCGAACAGCAUGGGCAACUGUCUCAAAGGAGGCAGACCAUGUUGCGCGGGUCCCUCGAGGCUCGCGAGCUCGAAGUCAUUCGCCCUUUUGUGGCUUGGAAGAGUGCCUGCCGCAGUGUCCCCGCCUUACAGCCUGGGUAACGUCUGGUGAGAUCGGCGAGCUGCCUAGAAAGUGUUCGUGCAGUCCUGCGGGCUGGUGGUCCGAUGACGCCGAGCCCCAGCUUCGACGGUACGUGGCGGUGGCCAGACCCAGGCGCCAGAGCAACAAUGCCAUUGGGAAUGACAGUUGCAGCAAGAAGAGCCACAACAAGAUUGAUGAGAGCGGCCAUAGCAGCAACAAUCUCAUCGCUGUCUCUCUGAAGCACCACGAUAUCAUAGCAGCCGAUCAGAAGAUGUCUGAAGUCGGCUCUGCGGAGUUUCGCUUCGAGGAUGUGCUGCUCAAGCUGGCCGAAGCUGAGGGUUCUGACUGUCACUUCGAAGACAUGGUGCCGGAUCUCCCAACCAGCUAUGAUGCAGCUGUUUCAGCAUUUCGUGAUGCAAAAACAGCAGCCGAAGAAGCUUUCGAGUUAGCAGUCAAUCCCGCGAGGAAACGGAAGGACUUGGCAAAGUCCCGUCAUGAGAGUGAGCUUGCCGCCAUGGAGAUGCAACUGGCUAGGUGCUGCGAUGCAUUCUCUGCAAAUCCCAGAGAGUUUUCUGGUACUGCAGGUGUCAGCCACGUGCCUUCAGCUGCCUCUUCCGGACUGGGCUGUUCGUCAGCAGACACCAUUCACAAGGCGAGCCCGCCAGACCUGAAGGAGCUGAAGGCAUGCGAGUGCAAGUAUGACUCUUCUUUGAAGGAGUACAAGGCAGCCUGCCGUGCAGUUCUCACGGCCCGGGAGCUGGCUCAAAAGCACUAUGACGAAGCCAUGGCCAUUGCUGCACAUGAGUUGCGACAGGCCUGGUUUCCUCCACGGUAUUCCCAAGCUACGACAUAUUCGGACAAUUUCCAGAAACUGGUACUGGAGCGGACAUACUCCAGAGAAGAUGUACGUGCUGCGCUUGGCGGAAUUUGGGGAUACUCGGAAGUACAAGACAUCGAUUUCGGCGGAGAUUUGUCGGCAUUCCAAGCCUCCUUAGCCAAGGCCUGGUCUCGGGGACCGUUGUGUCACGACGUGAACCGCUGCCUGUACCAAGAUGAUGCCAAACAAAUGGAGUUGCUGGCACCCUACAUUCAGCACUUCAGGGAGGCAUUUCGGGGCUCGCAUCCCUCUUGCAGAGGCGUGCUGAGGCCGUUCGACGGACUGCUGUUUCGGUACAUGCAUUUGCAGGAGGGAGAGUUGGACAAGUACCAGCAAGACUGCUCCAUAGUGUGGCCAACCUUCUCGUCAUGCACGUAUGAUGAAGCAUGGCUCAAAAGCAGUCUGUUGGGCGACAGCGCUGAGUUCGAAAUCCGCAGCUACGGAGCUGCAGAAGCAUCAGCAUCGAAGGAGCUCUAUCUACCAUGUUUGAUUGAAGAGCAUGUGCUUUCCCGCUACGUAUAUCAAAAAGAAGUUGUAAUGCCUCCCUUCUGCAGUUUCCGGGUGGUCAAUGUUAACAAGACGACAGCCUCAUUUUGGACAGGGAAGCCCCGGCGAACUCGGGUUUUCUUGGAGACAACGCAGUUUCCGUCAGUGUGGCAAAGCAUUGCCGCUGGCCAGGCUGAUGAAUUUGCAAAGUGGGCGAGGAAGAACGAAGGAUUAGUGAGCAUGUCAGGGAACGACGUUUCAAUUGUGAACGAGAUUGCCAAAGCUGCAGCGAAAGCCGUGGAGCAGUCCGCAGAUGAGACUGUUGAGAGGCUCGGAGCUGCGCAUGACAUGUUUCGGGCUUGUGCUGAGAUGGGUGCCCCAUUGAGCGAGGUAGACCCCGAAACAGGCUCAACAGCCGUGUUUACAAUCGCAGAAAGUCUUGUUGGUUUGAAGAGCCCCACCGCAGAAAGUCUUGUUGGUUUGAAGAGCCCCACCGAAGCCGUGAAAGAAUCCCUGAAGAGCAUGAUCAAAGGCAUGGCCAGGUCUGGUGCCAAUGUGACGAUUCCACACAAAGGCAGGCGCCUGAACGAGCUUCUUCCGGAUCUAGCUAAGGAGCUGGAGAAGGAGACACUCUUGGGCUCUAAAUGGCAGUACUGGGUCGAUGACGGAAUCCAUGGCAAGUCCGACGGCUGGUACGACUACGAUGCACAAGCUUGGCAAGCGGUCAGUCGGGCUUAUGAUGACUGGCUGCGUGACGGCUCUGUACCGGCGAUGACUGUCAAAAGCGGUUGGUACACUUACAAGGUCAGCUUUGGUGAGAUGAUGCAAGAGAACAUCAGCACAAGGAAGCGGCGCAACAUUCGCCGCAUGGUUGUUGAAUCUUCUUCCGGCUCCUCCGCAGCCUCGGCAGAGGCGAAGUGCACAAUCUCGUAG